AUGUUGUCUUCGAAUGCAACAUCUCAGACUAACAAGAACUCUGAAAGAGAGGAGGAUCUAGUAGUAUACGAACGAGAAUCGAAUGAUAAUAUAACUAGACGUGUGAGCUUCGCGGUAGACCAAAAAUUAAUCAAACGGUUUCCGCCGGCGUAUUUUGGGACCGUGAUGGGAACUGGGGUUUCGAACUGUAUUUUGUACAAGUUCCAUAUGCAUCACGAUGGCUCGAGAUAUGUGGGUGUAUUAUGUUUGGAAUUGGGGUGGCAUUUUUGA